CUCCUGGCCCUUUUUUCCCCCUUCCUCCCGCAAGUGUCGGGCGCGUUUUGCCUUCGCUACUCUCUUCCUCCUCUGCUGCCCGUCAGCGCCGCCUUCCGCCGACGCCAUGGGUUUUGGGGAUCUGAAAAGCCCUGCAGGCCUCCAGGUGCUCAACGAUUACUUGGCGGACAAGAGCUACAUCGAGGGGUAUAUGCCAUCCCAGGCUGACGUGGCAGUAUUUGAAGCAGUUUCCGGCCCCCCACCUGCUGACUUAUACCAUGCCCUGCGUUGGUAUAACCACAUCAAGUCUUUCGAAAAGGAAAAGGCCAGUCUGCCAGGAGUGAAGAAAGCAUUGGGCAAGUACGGCCCAGCUAAUGUGGAGGACACCACAGGAAGUGGAGUCGCAGAUAGUAAAGAUGAUGACGAUAUUGAUCUUUUUGGAUCUGAUGAUGAAGAGGAAAGCGAAGAAGCAAAGAGACUAAGAGAAGAACGCCUUGCACAGUAUGAAUCAAAGAAAGCCAAAAAACCUGCACUUGUUGCCAAGUCGUCCAUCUUAUUAGAUGUGAAACCUUGGGAUGAUGAAACUGAUAUGAAGAAAUUGGAAGAAUGUGUUAGAAGCAUUCAAGCAGAUGGCUUGGUUUGGGGCUCUUCUAAACUGGUUCCAGUGGGGUAUGGAAUUAAAAAACUCCAAAUACAGUGUGUGGUUGAAGAUGAUAAGGUUGGAACAGAUAUGCUGGAGGAGCAGAUUACUGCUUUUGAGGACUACGUGCAGUCUAUGGAUGUGGCCGCUUUCAACAAGAUCUAAAAGCAACCGUCACUUAAGAAUCCUAAAUAAAAGGUUGAAAGUC